AAAAUAAAGCUUUUCAAGGACUCCUUUCUCAGCUAAACCUGCAGGAAUACCAAAGCACAAAACUCAGGCUGCAGCAUGUCCUGGAAAUUGGCUCAGAAAGUAUAGAAAACUGGACUCCUCAGAUGUUAGGGGAUUUACCGUGGCAUUUCCUGAGGAAACUAAUGACUCUGAACGGGACAGCCAGAAACACAAGCCUUGUGCAUAGGGCAUAUGAUGAUGAAGGAGGCAGUGAGGAGGCACAGAUUGCAGGUGGAGAUGUUUUUAGUUUUAGUGACCCUGACAUCAGAGAGUCUCUACAUCCCCUCGAUGUUCUCUGUGCCAUUCUGCUUUGCUCAGACAGUUUCCUACAGCAGGAGAUCCUGUCCAAAAUGUCCAUGUGCCAGUUUGCCCUCCCUCUGCUGCUACCUCCCAUCAACACCCCCAAGUGCACCCUACUGCUGUGGGCCAUGAGGGACAUUGUGAGGAAGUGGAGGCCGCACUCCCUGGCACAGAGCAGAGGGUUCAGAGAGGAGAGCCUGGUGCUCACAUCAAUGUCAACCGUUUCCUUUGUGCGGAUUGGGAACUGCAGCUUCUCCAAGUCCAAACUCCUCAAUGAGGUUCUCAGCCCCUCCCAGCAGCACCACGAUUUCUUUAUCCAUCGGGACAUGGAGUCUGGGAACUUCCUUCAGAAAAUCGCAGAUGGGCUGGUUGAGAUUUCCUGGUAUUUCCCUGCUGGGAGGGAGAAUUCAGAUCUUUUCCCAGAACCCGUUGCAGCUACAAAUCUGCGUGGAGACAUUGAAUCUCACUGGCUGCAGUUCAGCUUUUUAACAGUGGUCUCCUCAGCAGUGUUCAUAGUUACUGAGAGCAUCAAUGAGAGACAAUACACGCUGUUAUCAUCCCUGCAGGGAUCAGCCACUAAAUACUACUUCAUCCUCAACUGCAAGAAUGGAAAUCCCAAGGAAACAUUGGGAUUCCUUAAUAAGUUGGCUCCAGUGCUGAAUCUGAGCAAAUCACAACUGCUGAAGAAAGACAGCACCACAAAUAAUGCAGGAUUUGUUCAAAAACUAAAAUUUGCAAUAAAAAGCAUAACAAGUUCACCUCCCAAGAGAAUUAAUUUGGAAGCCAUGGCUGUGACUGCACGUGAACUAGGAAUCCAGGUAGAUGAGGACUGUAAGGAAUGCCAGAGUGCAAGCAAGCGGGCGAGAGAAAUCACUGUGGAAAUAAAAGAUGUGGUAAAGUACAAGAGUGAAAUGCUGAGACUGCAGGGGGAUCUCUGGGAAAAAUUGGCUAAAGUGGAAAAAGAACUGUGCAGAAUGAGAAGGCAAGGGGAGACUGCCACUGAAGACUAUAAAUGUCAACUGAGAGAGAAACGGUUGGAAUUACGUAGACAGCAGAAUCAAUGUGACCUUACUGAUGGAUUGAUUAAAUUUAUUAAUGGAAUAGAACAAUUGCCUUCAAUGGAGAAACAUUACUUCCUGAAAUGGAUGAAGUUUAGCCUGGAUCACAUUGCUCGAGAUAAUCUUUUUAAACUACGGGAUCAAUAUAAAGGGAAAAGUAAAAUGGCAGGAGAUGACCCACAAGCACUAACUAUGCUGGAUAAAUUAAUAUCUACCACUUCCUUAGGGGUUGAGCAUUUCAUGCGUGAGUUGGGGCAAUUCUAUGAAGCUGAAUGCUCAAUGGUUAAAGAAGGAGACAAGGCAGAAUGCCAAAGACAUUUCAUCCAUCUCCCAGGCAUAGCAGCUGACCUGAUGCUGGAAGGGUUUCCUAUGGAACUGAUAGAUGGAGAUUCAUCCAACAUCCCACUGCAGUGGGUGACAGAUGUUCUGACUGAGCUCCAUGCCAAGCUGGGGGGAAGGUCCAGAAUGCUGGUUCUGACGGUGCUGGGAGUACAGAGCACUGGGAAAUCCACCCUCCUCAACACCAUGUUCGGCCUGCAGUUUGCAGUGAGCAGUGGCCGAUGUACACGAGGAGCCUUCAUGUCACUCAUUAAAGUGGCAGAGAACUUUCAGCAGGACCUGGGCUGUGAUUUCAUCCUGGUGAUAGACACAGAAGGCUUGAAAGCCCCUGAACUGGCCCUGCUGGAGGAUAGUUAUCAACAUGACAAUGAGCUGGCCACACUGGUGAUUGGACUGAGUGACAUAACCAUCGUUAACAUGGCCAUGGAGAAUGCCACUGAAAUGAAGGAUAUUCUGCAAAUUGUGGUCCAUGCCUUUCUCAGAAUGGAGGAAAUAGGGCAAAAAGCCAACUGCCAAUUUGUGCAUCAGAAUGUCAGUGAUGUGUCUGCACAUGAACAAAACAUGAGGGACAGGAAACACCUCCUCGAGCAGCUGAAUGAAAUGACCAAAGCUGCAGCUAGGAUGGAAAAACAAUGUAAAAAAGUGAAAUUUUCAUGUAUUAUGGACUAUGAUGCGGAGAAACACAACUGGUACAUCCCUGGGCUGUGGCAUGGAGUCCCUCCCAUGGCUCCAGUGAACAUGGGAUACAGUGAGAGGGUAUGUGAGCUAAAGAAAUACCUGCUUGAUUUUAUAAAGAAACAGUCACAUAAUAGAGCCCCUAAGGACAUUCCCCAGUUUGUCAAAUGGGUGGAGAGCCUGUGGAAUGCUGUAAAACAUGAGAACUUCAUCUUCAGUUUCAGAAACAGCCUUGUAGCUGAAGCCUAUAACCAGCUGUCUAUGAAGUAUUCUGAGUGGGAGUGGCAUUUCCGCAAAGAGAUACAUCUCUGGGUAUCUGAAAAGGAAACUGUCAUUCAGAAUCAGACAUCAGAGAAACUACAGGCUAGUGCCUUAUCCAUGUUGAAAAAUGAGGCACAGGAAAAACUGCAGCAUGAGAAACAAAAAGUUUUGGAUAAUUUACAAGAUUAUUUUGAAAGUGGAGUUUCGAAUCUGCACCUGAUAGAAAAGUACAGAGAAGAUUUUAUCAGGAGUGCAAACAGCCUCAAAAAUGAACUUGAGAGCUACUCCGAGCACAAGUGCGAGGUAGCAAUUCGAAUUCGAAAAGGCCAGCACAAGACAGAAAACAUCCAGACCUCAUACAUGCAGAUAAUUGAAGGGAAAGUUGACAGGGUCUUGGAUGAAUGUAGGAAUAAAAAACAUAAACUAGAGCAUGAGGAACUGAAAUCAGAAUUUGAAAACAUGUGGAGAGAAACACUGUCAGAGUUGAAGUUCAGCAGCUUACAGAAACGUGAAGUUUAUCGAGAGAUGGAAUCCCAGUUGAGAAAGGACCUGGCAAAUCGAGGGAGUGCCGUCAGGCAGAAGCUACAGGAAUCAGGUAGUUUGUUGUUUUAUGGAAUUGACAAUUUCAAAAUGAAAAACGAGUACAUAGAUACAGCAUGGAUCAAAACUAUGAAACAACUGUUGUUCAUAGGGGAAUGUGAAACAGCUGUUCACACAGAAGAAUUUGCUAAAUCCUUAAUAUAUGAGGGUAAAAGAUACUCGGAAGAAAAGGUAAAUUCCAAAGUGGACUACGAUGAAAUCCAUUGCAGAGAAUUGCUGAACAUGAUCAACGAGAGGCUCCAACAGGAGGAUGUUAAAAAACUUGGCAUUACUGCUUGCUUUGAAGUUGACCUGAAAAUUCAUAUUUUGGGGGAGGCAGCUUGGAGAUUUCAGAAGAUGCAUGAAGAUUUUAUCAAACAAAAUGAUCCUCAGUGUCGUCUAGAGAAGCUGAAACCUCAGUAUUUCUCCACCUUUACUGACCUGUAUUUGGAAAAAGAUGAGAACCAAACAAGAGCCAGGGAUUUCUGUUAUCAGUGUCUCAAACCUGCCUUUGUGGAUUAUAUCAACAAAAGGCUAGGAAUAGAGAUAGUAGAUGACAUUCUCAACAAGGCAGAGUCCAUUGAAUAUGGCAGCCGGACCUUUUUCCAGUUCACUGUACAGAAAAAGCUUCUGGAGGAGAUGAACUUUGAUAACUAUGUGAAAUAUAUUAAAAACUACGAAGAAUUUGUCAAAACCUGGAUUCAGAGACGGAUGAUGGAUCAUUACAGGGAGACUAAGCGUCUGGGAGAGUUGGAGAAAAAGAUUCUAUCUACAAUGGUAAAGAAAGUGAGGGAAGUUCUGGAAAGCUCCAAAAAUGAAAAAAAUACCACAGUCUUAGCAUUUUUAAACAACUUUUGUGAAGCGCUGCAGCAGGACCUAGUCAUUUCCAAGGACAACUUACUUGGGAUACAGUUUAAAAACACAGCAAAAACAGGCCAGUUUUGUGCUAAUAUUCAAACUUUUCUUCUGGAUCUGGAACAAGAAAUCUUACUCCAAUUUGGUGGUUUGGAUAUUCAGACCAAACUCUCCAAUCUGUCAUUAAAACCCCAGGAUGAGAUCUUCAAGCAAGUGUUUGGCUGUGGGAAGCAGUGUCCAUUUUGUAAAGUCCCCUGUGAAGCAGGAGGCAGUGACCACAAGGAGCAUUUUGCAUCUGUGCAUCGGCCACAAGGAUUAUGCGGUUACAGGUAUCUUGAUACACAAAAACUUGUCUAUGAUAUAUGCUCUUCUGAAGUGGUUUCUGAGAACUCAUUCCAAAAUUCAGACACAAAAGGGAAAUGUCAUCCCUACAAAAAUUAUCGCGUCUAUUACCCAGACUGGCGCAUUCAGCCAGAUCCCAGCAUUGAGGUUUCUGAUUACUGGAAGUUUAUUUUUCAGAAGUUCAAUCACCAGUUAGCUAACAGUUAUAAUGCUAACCCAGCAGAUCUCCCAAGAGACUGGGGAAAAAUAACUGAAACUCGGGCACAGGAAGGCCUAAAAGAAGUCUUUAACAUGAAAUAAAAACAUGGUGAGAGCCUGUUGAAAUGGAAUAUACAUAUGUUUAAAUAUUUGAAACUUUCCUUAAUUUUAAAAAAUGGCAUGUUAAAAAAUAUUCUGUAUUGUAUUUUUUAAGUCUCAGAACCUCAUGUUCACUUCACAGCGUCUAAGUAGAGCUGACAGGUUUCUGAUUUUUCAUGUCACAUAACAACUUACGAUACAAUUACAGAGUGACUGCUAUACAAUUACUGCUAGGAACAUAAGAACUGCCACACUUGACCAGAGCAGAGUGGACCAUUUAGUCUACUAUCCUGUCUCCGAGAGUGGUCAAUACCAGAUACUCCAUAAGAAGAUUCAAGGAACCCUGAAUGGACAAUUGUGGAACAGAAGUUUCUUCCUAACAAAUUAUUAGAUUUCAAGGGAGGCCAGCAGCAACCACAAUAAUAGUCUGCUAGUCUGGUUUUCAGCAUAACACCUGGCCAGAGAAUUCCGUCCAAUAAUUCCUGCUGUGGAAGAAAUUAUUAAUCCAUAAUUGGUAAGAAGCAGCUCAUUAUCAAACCAAGUAAUUUUUGGUUGAACUAAGAAGAGCAGAUAUUUUAGAAGGAAACCCCAAAUAAUGAUGAAUUUACCAAUGCACUUCGGAAGCUGUUCCAGGUCAGUUACUCUGACUCUAAAAGCUGAAUUUUAUUUUCAAUUAAAAAUAAAUUUAACUUCAAUUUCCAGACAUUGGAUCUUGUUCUACAUUUGUUUGCUAAAAGAAAAGGAGUACUUGUGGCACCUUAGAGACUAACCAAUUUAUUUGAGCAUAAGCUUUCGUGAGCUACAGCUCACUUCAUCAGAUUAUGCUCAAAUAAAUUGGUUAGUCUCUAAGGUGCCACAAGUACUCCUUUUCUUUUUGCGAAUACAGACUAACAUGGCUGCUACUCUGAAACCUGUCAUUUGUUUGCUAGACUCAAGAGGCCUCUACUAUCUGUUAUUUUCUUCUUUAGUAGUUACAGAUCAUGAUCAACCUUCUCUUUUGUUAAGUAAAUGCAUUGAGCUCCAAGUCUCUUGGUAUAAAGCAGGCUUUUUCAAACCUUGAAUCAUUCUUGCAGAUCUUUUCUGAAACCUCUCCAAUUUUCCAACACACUUUUUUUAAACGAUGGACACCAGAACUGGACACAAUGUCCCAGUAAUGGUCUCACCAUUGGCAUAUACAGAAGUAAUAUCUCCCUAAUCCUCCUUGAUACUUCUUUGUUUAUACAUCUCAGCAUAGGCGCCAACCUCCCUCUGCCCCCUGCCCCCACUCCAUGCCUUUCCUGAGGCCUCACCCCUACCCUGCCUCUUCCCACCCCUGCCCCGCCCCCAUCCCACUGCCUUCCCCAAAGUUCCCGCCUCAACUCCCAUGGCGUCAGCACCUUAUGCAUCCAGGAUCACGUUAGACCUUCCCCAGACCCCAAGUUCAGCCACUUACUGUCUUAGAGUGUGUCAAAGACUGAUAACAAGUUAAGGGAAUGGGAUGUGAAAAUGGAAUAAAAAUUGGGGAAAAGAUACUUUUUAUCUGUUAUGGAAUGUUGGGUUGGACAUAGUUCCCACAGUCAAUAGAAGGUCUCUUCUGAGUUGCUGGAACAGUCCCCAAGAAAUGCAGCUAAACCUUAGCCCCAGUGGAAGAUUUUCUACAGUUAAAGAGGAAAUAAGAGGAUUAAAUAAAAGAAAAAUAGAGACAUUGAUUGACAUGUGUAGAGAUAAAAAUCAUCAAUAACAGCAUUUCCGGCCCAAACUCUCUGCAGUCACCCCAGUCCAGGACCCCCUCUGCUCUCCCUGCCCAUGUCCUUUCUCAACUGCUGGCCUGAGAAAGUGGCUCCCUCUAGCGUCCUCAGGGCAACACCCCUCCCUCUUCCCAUCCUCUCUGGCUAUUGCUAUCUCUGUCCCUGAUAUUUUAGUAAAAAGAAAAGGAGGACUUGUGGCACC